UGCAAGUGCCAUCUGUUGUGGAGCACAGCAGCUGAGAAGGAAGAGCCAACAGGAUAGCGAAUAAUCAGGGACACCACACUGGCUUUCGCAGGCGGAGAUACACAUGAGGAGAUCCUACACAGAGAAAGAGUAUUAGUGAAUAUGUGACUUGCAGAGUGAUGGGUCAUGGAACUUUGAAGCCAUUGCUGAUACCACAACAGAAGUGACAGCAGGGAGACAAGAUGGAAAAAGGAGAGGUGCGGCUGAGCGAGAGAAAUAAGGCGAUGAUCAGAGAGAGCUGGGAAAGGCUGGGCAAGGACAAGCUUCCGCAUGGAACUGUCAUGUUCACCAGAUUGUUUGAGUUGGACCCAGCACUUCUCCAGCUUUUUCAGUAUAAUACUAGUUCCAGCAGUCCCCAGGAGUGCCUGUCCAGUCCUGAGUUCACAGAACAUAUUAACAAGGUGAUGCAAGUGAUUGACACAGCUGUUACCCACCUGGAUGAGCUCGACUCCCUGAACGAGUACCUGGCAGGCUUAGGAAGGCGGCACCAGGCUGUUGGGGUUAAAACAAAUUCAUUCACUAUGGUCGGCGAGUCGUUCCUCUACAUGCUUGAAUGUGGACUACAAACGGCCUACACCUCAGAAAUCAGGGAUGCCUGGGUUCAGCUCUAUUCGUUGGUGGUGGAAGCAAUGAGCAGAGGUUGGUCUAGUAAUGGAGGAAGCAACAGCAAGUGAAAGAAAGAGGACCAAAAGUUCAGGGUCUGUCUCAAAGCUGCAGGCCACUGUGACAGAGGUUGAUGAAUGAGCUUAUGACAAACAAACGUUGGAUGUAGUUUAAACCCACAGUUAAAGGUGCUGUUUGGAUGGGGUUUUAGUGUUGUUGCGCCUCAGGCCCUGGGUGCUUACUGUCUCAAACAUGACUUUCAAACCUUGGUGAAAGAUCUGCCUUUUUUCUCUUCAAUUCAAAUCUGGUUUUCUCUUGAAUUAUUCUAUCUGCUGUUUG